GUCAGUCCUUCCUUCUCCCUGCGUCUCUUUGCGUCUCUGUGGUCAUAGGUAGUAUGCUUCCCCACAGACUCCUCGGGCUGCUGUGCCUCUUCAUGCCAUGCAAAGGUGAGGAUGAGAGUGAGUCCUGUGAUAACUUCACAGACCUUAAUCUGUCACACUGCUUUAUGGGAACUAGCCUGUACGUCCGGCUGCUGCUCUACACUCGCUCCAACCUUGACUGUGGCCGUGAGCUUAACCACCACCACCCGUCCUCACACCCACUCUUCAACAUCUCCCGUCCCACUGCUUUUGUUAUCCAUGGCUACCGGCCCACUGGGGCACCCCCUAUCUGGAUCAACCAUAUAGUGCAUCUGCUGGCCGAGCAGGAGGACAUGAACAUCAUCGUGAUGGACUGGAACAAAGGGGCGGCCAACCUCAACUAUUUCACCGCUGUGACUUACACCAGGGAGGCUGCUCACAACCUGACCGGCUUCAUCAUGAUCAUGAAGGAGGAAGGAGCCCCUCUGAGCUCAAUCCACCUCAUUGGCAUCAGUCUGGGAGCUCACCUGGCUGGAUUUGUAGGAGCAAACCUGAAGGGGAAGAUUGGCCGCAUCACAGGUUUGGACCCGGCCGGGCCCAUGUUCACUAGUGCCACACCAGAGGAGAGACUGGACCCCUCAGAUGCCAUGUUUGUGGAUGUACUUCACACCGACAUGAACUCAUUUGGACUGAAAGGAGCUCAUGGACAUAUUGACUUCUACGCCAACGGUGGAGCUGACCAACCAGGAUGUCCCAAAACCAUCUUUGCAGGUAAAUCUUACUUUGUGUGUGACCACCAGCGAUCUGUGUUCCUGUACUUGUGCGCUCUGAACCGAACCUGCAGCCUCAGUGGUUACCCCUGCUCAUCCUACAGCGACUUCCUGGAUGGACGCUGUCUGCAGUGCGAGGCCUUUAAACCAGCUUCCUGCCCCAUGCUCGGUUAUGACUUCAGCCCGUGGAGGGACACUCUGCUGAGGCUUGGACAGACUACAGUAUUCUUCAGCACCACAACCACGCUGCCCUACAGGAAGCUGGGUUACAGAGUGGACAUGGUGACAUGGAACCAGUACCUCCGCUGGGGGGUCGUCUACAUCCGGCUGCAUAGUGGCAGAAACUUCACAGAGGCCCGAAUAGACCAUAAGCUCCUCCGGUUCGAGCAGUACACUUCCACGCGGCUGCUGGCUCAGUUUGACGAGGACCUGCAGAACGUUCAGAAGAUCUCGCUGAGAAUCAACACGGGGAACGUCAUCGGGCCUCGUUACAAAAUCAGACUGCUGCGAAUUCGCUUCACACCACUGGAACAUCCCGAGAGGCCUCUGAUGUGCCGGUUUGACAUGAUCAUGGAGGAGAACAUGGAGGUGGCAUUUCGACCUCUGCCCUGCAACUCUCGGCUUUAACACCUGGACCAGACUUCAUCCAAACACCUCUGAUGCACCCACCACCCUGCUGAAGGCACCCUCUGGAUGCCAGCAGGAACCUUCUCGCCUGCCAAUCAGCAGCUGUGGAUUUCUCCUGGUUACUGGAACUAGGAACUGGAAAGCUGACAAGAGUAAAGGGAUUCUGGAGAAAGUCACUGCACGAGGCACUUGUUACAAGCUGAAAUCACUCCUCUUGAGCCUUGGCUCCAUUUUCAAUCAGACUUCCUCCUCCAUAACUAUGUACAGCAGAUCGAAGUUUAAGCAUUCAGUUUCAUUUAACAGAAUUUAGGAACUGAAGAUGGACAAAGAAAUUGUUAACUGUUAAGUUUCUACUAAACACACAGUAUGAACAAGGUUUAAAGUUGGCAGAUAAUAUAAACACUUCAUUUUUCCUCUGUAAGUGGAGAAAAUUAUCAUUUUCUUUGUGCAAAAUAAACACAAGGACAUGUUUUGCUCAUGAAUAGCAACGAUAAUCAGAAUUGAUUUGUGCAGCUAACACGAAAUAAUUUAACCAAAUUCUGUCUUCUUUUUCUCUCCUUUUAAAGUUGUCUUAGAUUUAAAAGUUGACAAACUUGAGGGGAGCUUCUGAAUGGUUUAUUUUCAAAACUAAUGUUACGUAUUGUUUAAAUUGGACAUUUUACAACACAAAUAAAUGUAUUGUACUGAAAAUAAACUUUCCUUAGACACUCCAGGGCAGAGCAAUCAUUUGGAGGUAACAAAAUCUUUUAAUUAUUUUUUUCUCUGCAAAGCAGUGACAGUUAGCUUGACUGAAUUACAAACACUGAAUUUUUUAAAUGUAAAAGGUCAGUUUUGGUAGUUACAAAAUGAAAUGCAACUUCUCCUCUGUGCCUUCUACCAGCAGCUUUGCAUCCUGCAGCGCUCCUCAAGUGCAAUGAAAUUGUCUCCCUUUAGUUGUUAAUAUCAUUCUGCAAAAAUACAAGUGUAUUUGUAGAAAACAAACAAAUGAACAGACAGCUAGAUGACGGUGAUGAAGGUGUGACCCCAGAAAUAAGCCAUUGUGUUACACUAGCUCUGUAAUUUUGUGAUGCUGUAGACUGUGAUAGCAAAUGGGUUUACACACAAUGAUAAUCAACAAAUGUUUUUGUUUUAACCAACCUGACUCUGGGCUCAGUAAACGUGACAAAUGAGAAGUUGAUAAAAACAUUUCCUCCAAUGUACAGUAGUGUGAAAAGCGUUGGCCCUUCCUGACUUCUUUUUUUAUUGCACUUUUGUCACACUUAAAUGAUGAUGACACAAGUAAACACAAAAUGCAGUUUUUAAAUUAAGGUUUUCAUUAAAACAAAAUCCAAACCUACACGGCCCUGUGGUAAAAAGUGUUUGCCUCCUCCAUGAAGUCUUCAUGUAGUUUUCCUUCAGUCAUUCAGAGGUGGACUUGCUGGUGUUUUGGAUCAUUGUCCUGUUGCAGAACACAAGUUCUCUUCAGCUUGAGGUCAUGAACAGAUGGUCGGACAUUCUCCUUCAGGAUAUUUUGGUAGACAGCAGAAUAGCAGAACAGUCCCAGACCAUCACACUACCACCAGAUUUAACUGGUACAGUGUUCUUUUUCUAAAACGUGGUGACACAAACCUUCCAAAAGGUUCAACUUUUGUCCCGUCAGUCCGUAGAGAAUUUCCCCAAAAGUCUCAGGGAUCAUCAAGAGGUUUUCUGGCAUAACUGAAACAAGUCUUUUUACUCAGCAGUGGUUUUGGUCUUGGAACUCCUCCAUGCAGGCCAUUUUAGCCCAGUCUGUCUCUUAUGGUGGAGGCAUGAACACUGAUAUUCUUUGGAUGCUGUUGGAGGGUAUUUUGUGACCUCUUUUUCACACAGGGCCAUGUAGAUUUGGAUUUUUUCCCAUUAAAAAUAAAAUCCUUCAUUUAAAAACUAUUUUCUGUUUACUUAUGUUAUCUUUGUCUUAUAUUUAAAUUAGUUUGAUGAUCUAAAACAUUAAAAUGUGACAAAAAAAACAAAAACAAGAACUCAGGAAGGGUUCCAACACUUCUUCACACUACUGUAAAUGCAGUGUGUCUUUUAUUGUGCAUUUUUAGUUUUAAAUAAUUGAGUUGUAUUAAAAUACUCACUUGCCAGUUUAUUAGAUACACUAAUGAAUGCAUUCUAAACUUAACCAGCAGACUGAUUCAGCUCCACUCCGAUAAUGAGUGCUACAAAAGCUACUAUGACCAAGCAAUUUGGCUUGUGGAUCAUUGAAACCUGUCCAGUUCUAAAUCGUCCUUUAUGACUGUUCGAAUGUGGUAAUGGUAAUUUAACUGGACUAUCAUCUAAAGUCUUUCUGAUAUUAAGCCUAAACCACUGACUACAAUGACAUAAUAAGUAAAUGUGUCGGUACUAUGUAAUAUAUAUAUCAUAAACUCUAGUGUAAAAUCGUCAUAUUAGAACCCUUUCAUCCUUGCUAGUGUACCAAAUGUUUUUGGAAGUAAGUGUACUCAAAUGUAAUCAAACCAUUUGUACAACACAAAUUGGUGAAAAAAAGUUACUGCAAACUAUUUCACUGUGAUUGAGGAAUGAAAUAUAUAAUAAAACAAGACAAACAAUUAAAAACCCAUUUUA